CACGCAGCGCGGCGCGACGCGGGCGGGGCGGGGCGCGCGGCGGAGCGGCCCCGGGACGGAGCGGCCCGUCGGGGAAGCCGGUUUGCGUUGCCGCCGCCACGGUGGCCGUGAUGCGCUCCGCUCGCGGCUCCCGGGAGCCCCGGCCGCCGAGGCGGGCUCUUCCGAGCAGCAACAGGAGAGCUCUAACUCUGGGAGGACAACAUUGUUCCUGUAACUGUGUGAGGACUGACUCCAGGACAUUGCCUGACCUCUGAGCCUUCAGCAUGGGGAGGAUUGGCAUCUCCUGUCUUUUUCCUGCCUCUUGGCAUUUUAGCAUCUCUCCAGCGGGAUGUCCUCGGAUUCUGAAUACCAACGUACGCCAAAUCAUUGUUAUUAGCAUUCUGGCUGCUGCUGUUUCACUGUUAUACUUUUCUGUUGUCAUAAUCCGAAAUAAGUAUGGGCGGCUGUCCAGAGACAAGAAGUUUCAAAGGUACUUGGCUCGAGUUACUGACAUUGAAGCUACAGACACCAAUAACCCCAAUGUGAACUAUGGUAUCAUGGUGGACUGUGGUAGCAGUGGGUCGCGAAUAUUUGUUUAUUGCUGGCCAAGGCAUAAUGGCAAUCCUCAUGAUCUGUUGGAUAUCAGACAAAUGAGGGAUAAAAACCGAAAGCCAGUGGUUAUGAAAAUAAAACCCGGCAUUUCAGAAUUUGCUGCCUCUCCAGAGAAAGUCAGUGAUUACAUUUCUCCACUCUUGAACUUUGCUGCAGAGCAUGUACCACGGGCAAAACACAAAGAGACUCCUCUCUACAUUCUCUGUACAGCUGGAAUGAGAAUUCUUCCUGAAAGCCAGCAGAAAGCCAUCUUGGAAGACCUUCUGACCGAUAUCCCUGUGCACUUUGACUUUCUGUUUUCUGACUCUCACGCAGAAGUAAUUUCAGGGAAACAAGAAGGUGUAUAUGCUUGGAUUGGCAUUAAUUUUGUCCUUGGACGCUUUGAGCAUAUUGAAGAUGAUGAUGAGGCAGUUGUGGAAGUUAACGUCCCCGGGAGUGAAAGCAGUGAAGCCAUUCUCCGAAAAAGAACAGCUGGUAUUCUCGACAUGGGAGGCGUGUCGACUCAGAUAGCAUACGAAGUCCCCAAAACUGUAAGCUUUGCCUCCUCACAGCAGGAAGAAGUAGCUAAGAACUUGUUAGCCGAAUUUAACCUGGGAUGUGAUGCUCACCAAACUGAGCAUGUGUACCGAGUCUACGUGGCCACGUUUCUUGGGUUUGGUGGCAAUGCUGCUCGACAGAGAUACGAAGACAGAAUAUUAGCCAGCACAGUUCAAAAGAACAGGCUCCUGGGGAAACAGACUGGUCUGACUCCUGAGACUCCAUACCUGGACCCCUGCUUACCCCUAGACAUUAAGGAUGAGAUCCAGCAAAACGGACAGACCAUGUUCCUGCGGGGAACGGGAGACUUUGACCUGUGUCGAGAGACUCUCCAGCCUUUCAUGAAUAAGACAAACGAGACUCAGACUUCCCUCAAUGGUGUCUACCAGCCCCCAAUUCACUUCCAGAACAGUGAAUUCUAUGGCUUCUCUGAAUUUUACUAUUGCACUGAGGAUGUGUUACGGAUGGGAGGGGACUACAAUGCCGCUGCGUUUACUAAAGCUGCGAAGGAUUAUUGUGCAACAAAGUGGUCGAUCUUGCGGGAACGCUUUGACCGAGGACUGUAUGCCUCUCAUGCGGACCUCCACAGGCUAAAGUAUCAGUGCUUCAAGUCCGCCUGGAUGUUUGAGGUGUUUCACAGGGGCUUUUCGUUUCCUGUCAAUUACAAAAACUUAAAGACAGCCUUGCAAGUUUAUGACAAAGAAGUUCAGUGGACCCUCGGAGCAAUCCUUUACAGGACCCGCUUUUUACCUUUAAGAGAUAUCCAGCAGGAGACCUUCCGCGCCAGCCACGCUCACUGGAGGGGCUUCUCCUUUGUGUACAACCACUACCUGUUCUCUGGCUGCUUCCUGGUGGUCCUGCUCUCCAUCCUGCUCUACCUGCUGCGGCUGCGGCGCAUUCACAGGCGGACGCCCCGCAGCGGCUCUGCCGCCCCCCUCUGGCUGGAGGAAGGCCUCCCGGCCCAGAAGAUUGCUGGCACCUUAUGAGUGGAGUUGGGGGCUCUGGGAAGACUUUCUGCAGGAAAAGCCAUUUUUGCCUCAGGGUUUCUCCUCUUUAUUCGCAUUCAGCUUUGUUUUUCCUUUUCCUUUUUGUUCUUGAAAGAAAAACAGAAUCCAUUGUUUGUCAGAUCUGCUGUCCUAGAAGUACUGCAUUUAGCAGUUUUGAAUACAGCUUUACAUUGAGGACUAGGGAAAAGGGAAAAUUGCUUCAUUUUUGCUGCAUAGGAUAUCUGCCAAAAAUUUCUAAGAAUGUUGGGGUUUUUUGUUAAAUUUAAAAGCACUUUGGUAUUGGAGGGAAGUGGCAAAGGUGUUUUCUAUCCAUGGAGAUAGGAUUGGAGAGUGGUACUUUCACAGAACCGAACGCUUCCUGGCUGGAAUUACAACCCUCUUUUUUCUGUAUCUGAAAGCUCUAGACUAACGAGGGUGAUGUUUAGUUUUUGUUAUAGUUCAGGUCUGUUGCUAUAUGUUUCCUUUGCAGUUUUAAAAAAUCAGAACUGUUUAUAUCCAAAAUAGAGAACCACAGACACCAGGAAAUAACUGUUUUUUAAAAUUGAUAGUAAAGAGACCUGGAAAAUGUGAAAUAAUGUCUAGAGGGCUCUGUGUGUGUGUGUGUGUGUGUGUGUGUGUGUGUGAAAUGCUAGUGAAAGAGUGAGGGAGUGCAGUGGUCUUAAAAACACACACUUCAAAAUUUACUGUUUCAUUUCAUUGUAUUUAGAAAAAUCCCCAUUACUGUUAUCUUUGCCCAACCACAGGUAAUUAAUUACCUUCCUCACCCCUUCUUUCAGUGGCCUGAGAACAGUAUUGGAAAAUUCAGGAAGUUUGAACUGGUUUUGAUGUUGCAAGAACUACCUGAUAUCUACCCAGACACUUCAGUGUGUCUUAGGAGCACAUUUUUCUUGUUUAAUUAUGCUCCAGUUCUUUCCAACUUUAGGUUGGUAUUCCACCCAAUUAAAAAUUAUCUCGGUUUUAUUUCAGAGACCCCAUACAUAGGUCUCCUUUUCACUGUUAUAUCUGAGGCUGUGUUGUCAAUGCCACUGUAAAUCCAGACUAAGACAAGGGUCUGAAUUUAAGUAAGAAAUAAACUCCCAUCUUGAGGAAAGCAAGUGUAACAUUUUAAAGAAGAACCUAAAAGGGAAACUAGAUUGGCAUAUGUAAGAUUGAUUGUUUUUCACCUAUUCGCUUAGUUUAGAAGCCUCGGGAAUUCCCAUACAUCAUUUCUGUAGGUGAAGUUCUUCUCCUGAGUGUGUGUGUACUGCUUGCAGGUGGUUAAAGGUAAACUUAAUUCCAGAACAGUUGACUUUGUGUAGUUGGUAGCAGACAUAUAUUCUGAGAACCAUUGGCUGCUUUUUCAAAGUCAUGGAUUAGAGAAAGAAUUCAGAUUCUGAAGCCCUUAUUUAACUUAGAAAGAAAGGCAGAUUUUUAUCUAGUUACCCAAAAACAUGGCAUACUGUAUGGUAAUGACUUGAAAGAUUACAAAAUUAUUAAAGAAUUCUCUUAAUUCUGCUUCUCAGAGUAAAUAUUCCAACAAUGAAAAGAUUAUUGGUAAAAUUUUGCCUCUCACAUAUCCAGAAUAUUGGAGGACUGGCCCGUUACAGCUUCUAAUGUGUAGAGUCCUGUUUCAGGGAGGAUUUAGGCAGAUGUCCCCAUGAAAGACACAGCUUUGGAAGUGUGGGUCCUUAGCUAUUUAAACGUUGGUCCCUAGUAAACCCUGCUCCUUUUUAAGACCCAGGCACAAAUGAGCUAUGUUAUAGAUCCCCCAGGGCAGAGUGAGUGGUGUGCUUCCUGAGUUCUGAGAUGGGGUUGCCCAGUAGGCUGGGUGGUGUCAGUGUUGAAGAGAAAGUAAGUUUGCACUUGAGUCUUUCUACCACCAGCUGUUUGGGAGUAGUCAGGCCCCAACAAGAUCUGAAAAUGUUCACAUGCCUGGAGUAUGUGACUUUGCCUUUAAAAUCAAGACAAGCAUAAGCCAGCAUAGGCACAGAUUUAAAAUAGGCCUUAAUUAAGACUUCCUACCAUAAACAGCCACUUUUAAAAUAAAGGAUGCCUAUUUGGUCCAGGUUUGUACCAUUCAAAGAGCAGAAUGGAGACAGAGGAGUCCUGUUUAUAGCUAAGGAUCCUCUGCAAGGACCUUCCUUACUCUCAGAAAAAACCCAAAUUAGGAUUCCAAGGCCCCAACAACCUUAUACUUUGUAGAGUUAAGCACCAUGCUCUCCUGACAAAGAAUUCCCUAGAGCUGGGCUUGGUAAACUAUUGUCCACAGGGAAAAUCUAGAAGACCCUUGAGAAUGGUUUUUCAAUUUUUAAGUGUUGUUAAGGGAAAAAAGUGAAGAAUGUGCUACAGAGACUAUACAGGGCUGAUAACGCCUAAAAGAUAUGCUAAGUGCCCCUUUACUGAAGAUGCUUGCUGACCCGUGUGAGCAGGCCCACUCUGGAAAGGACAUACGGUAGCAUCUCCUUACCUCAGGAAGGCAGUUACCAUUCAUGGGCACAAAACGAUGGGCAAGAGCCGCGCCCCCACUUCAGCCUCAGCAUAUUUGUUUAUGAACCACAAAUUCACUUUAUUAUCUUCUCCUCUUAUUUUCAAGAUCAAUUUUUUAAUAAAUCAGAAGACAUUUCCCCAGACCCCCGCCAAUUUAAAGUAUUAGGAGGGCUCCCUACUGUGUUGAGACAACUGUGGUCCUGAGGAGGCCUCCCAGGCGUCCUCAGCGCCCCACCGCAGAGGCAGAGCGGGUGCCUCUCCAGGCCUGCGGGCCGCCAGGUGAGAGGCGAGCGGGGAGGAGCUUCAGUGAGGAAAGGAAGAACUAGUAGCUGUUGAGGGCUGGCCAGGAGGGCAGUCAACUCCGAAUACUCUACCAGAAAGCAAAGGAAAUUGGGCUGGUGGGGACUUGUUAGAAUCCUGUCGGGGAAACCAUUUUCUGUUAAAUCCUGGUGGGAGCACGCCCACCGUCCCUGCUUUUGGUCAUCACCAGACAUGUGCUGUUCCUCCUUCAUGCUCCAGAGGACGUUCUCAAAGAUACGCUCCACGCCAGCACCUCACAGGACAAGUGCAAGCAUACUGAUGCGUACCAGUGGUUUUUGCACAUUUUCACCCUAAACUGCAGCCUCAGGCAGCACUCCCCAACCUUGGGUUAAUUGAAGGGGCUGUUUGUGGUUUGGCCUGGCCACCUGGAGGCUUGUUCCCCACCCAUGGGCCACACCUGUGCACGCUGGUUGGCAAGCUCCAAAUUAGCAGUUAAUUCAGUUUUAAACUUAGGCCUAGAUAGAAUAGUUUCCCUUAAAAGAAGCAUGAAUCACUUAACCAGAAGGUCAAAAAAGCAAAUAUGUUUUCCAAGCUUUUAAGGAAAAUCAGCUUUAAAAUUUUGUGUGGUAAUGUGCAAUGCAGCAAAAUACCUAUAGUAAAUUAUUUAGUUAUUUAUUUCUAUUGCAGUGUUUUGCGUGUUUUUUCCAUUGACUUGCCCUUUCAGUAAUGAAUGAUGUGACCAACCAAGGAGAAUCUCUGUUCUGUUACUAUUUCACAGUUAGGAAUUACAAACAUGAAGGGAGCUCUUUGAAUGUUUUUUAUUUAAAUGAUGUUUUCCAUUCAUCAUGAGAAUAACUAUCUUUGGGGCAUUGUUGUGGUGUCAUCUCACUUUCUGUAUUUGGCAACCUCAUAUUGCCACACUUGCACCCAAGUGGGUGUUAGGAAUCAAUAAAAGUUCAUUUGGUGGCCCAUAGA